GCCCGCGUGGGUGUUUGAGGCCGUGUAGGUUGAAGUUUCCUUUGAAUUGCAGCAAAUCCCGUGAACCGAGCGAGGCCCUGGUGAGGAAAUUGGGGGUUCAUGCUCUGAAACUGCUACUCCGAAUCUCGCAUCUUCGCUCCGCCUCGCCUUCGGCGGGCCUCGACCUCGCCGCCGCCGGCUAUGGAGUUCAUCGACGACGAGUGGGACUCCCAGCCGCGCGCGCGCGUCGUCCACUCCCGCGCCGAUGCCGCCGCCAAUUCCUCAUCCCCCACUGCGAAUCCCGCGUCCCGCUCUCUCCCCCACGUCGUCGCCUGCGCCGCUGCAGCCGUGCUCCUCCUCGCCGCAGCCUACUCCCUCGACUCGGCCUACCAGGUCUUCGCCUCCAUUCUCGUUUGGAUCGCAUCCUCGCUGCUCCUCGCCCCCUUCGCGCCAUCCUCCGCCACCGGCGGCGACAUCUCCGUCGGCCGCGGCAGCUUCCUCCCUGACCAGGAACCGUCCCAGGAGCCCACCCCGGACCCCAUCGCCCCCUCCCGCCGGGGUCGCCGCCAGAACGCCGCCCCGCCGCCCCCAAAGUCGUCAGAUCCGGUCGCUCCUCCCGUCCAGCCGCCUCCACGGCGGCAGGAGGCGAUGGGUGGGGGGACCGCUGUUCUGGACGGCGUGGAGAGGGAGGAGGAGGUUGGCGAGUGGACCGACCAAGAAAUGGAGCUUCUCCGGCGGCAGAUGCUGAAGCACCCGGCAGGAGAGCCCCAGCGCUGGGAGAAGAUCGCCGCAGUGUUCGGCGGCCGCCGCACGCCGGAGAGCGUCAUCCGCGCAGCAAAGUCAGGCGGCGCCGUGGCGGCUGGUGGCUCGUUCGAGCAGUUCCUGCGCAAGCGAAAGCCGCUGGACCCAAGGGCCGGGGCCGCUGACGCUGAUACAGGUGGCAAUGCUGGAGGAGGGGACGGUGGUUGGAGUGCUGGUGAGGACCGUUCUCUGCUGAACGCGCUCAAGGAGUUCCCUAAGGACACGGCAAUGAGGUGGGAGAAGGUGGCCGCAGCAGUGCCUGGGAAGACAAAGUCCGGGUGCAUGAAGAGGGUCACCGAGCUCAAGCGUGACUUUCGGAGCAGCAAGGAGCCAUAGGAGGCAGCGCCAUAGCUUGAACGUUGUCUUCCUUGCCUGGUACCGGACUUGAUGCAGCAAAUCAUUGUGAUCAUUUCCCUUUCUGAAGUCAAGAAGAAGCGAAUCACCAUUGGUCUCGCUGAAUCGGGAAUCAUGAUGAUGUUGUAUGAAGGAAACAAUAGCGUUCAACAACAUAUGGUGUAGUUUUAUUGUUUUACCAGAAUCAAGAUUCGCCAAACAGAACAACACUAGACCUGUAGAAAAAAGGUCCAUACGGAAAAGGAACAGCAGUCCUGAUGGUUUGGGUGUUAAUGUCAAGCUCCAAAUUUUAUGCUAGUCGGUUGUCAAUGCGUCA